AGAGGAGCAUCCCCUUUGCCUACGUCAUCGCGCUGCGACGAUUUUGCGUUUUAUUUCCGGAAUCCGGAGUUGCCUCAUUGCUUGUCUAGAGGAGCGAUCUAAGAUGAAUAUUGAAAACUUCGCCAUUAGUGAGAAGAUAGUAUCAUCCUCAUACAUCCGCCAGGGGUCUCAGGCACGCCGCAGCCAUGAACAAGCGAUAAGGCUGCUUUUGGAACAGGGCAAGUGUCCAGAGACUGGAUGGAGCGAGAGCACAAUCGAGCUCUUCCUGAGCGAGCUGGCUGUGAUGGACAGCAACAACUUCCUGGGAAACUGUGGCGUUGGCGAGAGGGAAGGAAGAGUAGCUUCCAGCCUGGUGGCUAAACGACACUACAGGUUGAUCCAUGGAAUAGGCCGAUCAGGUGAUAUAGCAGCUAUUCAGCCCAAAGCGGCUGGUUCUAGUCUGCUCAACAAGCUGACCAAUUCCGUGGUGUUGGACAUCUUGAAACUCACAGGUGUACGUAGCGUGGCCAGUUGCUUUGUGGUUCCCAUGGCAACCGGGAUGAGCCUGACGCUGUGCUUCUUGACCCUUCGCCACAGGAGGCCGGCGGCCCGUUACAUCAUCUGGCCACGCAUCGACCAGAAGUCGUGCUUCAAAGCCAUGGUCACUGCAGGGUUUGAACCAGUGGUUGUGGAGAACGUUCUGGAAGGAGAUGAGCUGCGGACAAACCUGGGCGCGGUAGAGGAGAAGAUCCGAGAGCUGGGAGCAGAGAACAUCCUGUGUGUCCACUCCACUACUUCCUGCUUUGCACCUCGCGUCCCUGACAGAAUCGAGGAACUUGCCACAAUUUGCGCCAAAUACGACAUCCCCCAUGUUGUCAACAAUGCCUACGGAGUCCAGUCUUCUAAGUGCAUGCAUCUUAUCCAGCAGGGGGCCCGUGUGGGACGAAUAGAUGCAUUUGUGCAAAGCCUGGACAAGAACUUCAUGGUGCCCGUAGGCGGAGCCAUCAUCGCUGGUUUUGACGAGUCCUUCAUCCAGGAGAUCAGCAGAAUGUACCCAGGCCGGGCCUCAGCCUCGCCCUCCCUGGACCUGCUCAUCACCCUGCUCACCCUGGGGGCCCGCGGCUACAAGAGCCUGCUGGCAGAGAGGAAGGAGAUGUACUCAGUCCUUUCGCAGGAGCUAAAAAGAUUGGCUGAAGCUCAUGGAGAGAGGCUACUGCAAACCCCACACAAUCCCAUCUCUCUGGGUAAGGGGCUGCACUCCAUACAACAUCAUACACGUUACCCUACAGUUGAGGUACUAAAUGCAACAAACCAAACGCCAUCCUCCGUACCCUUUUCUUGGCAAGUUACAGGUCCACAUCAGGUAACACCUUUUUUUUAUGUUACCUUAGUUCAAAUCAAAAUGGCAACCUUAUUUUUUUGUUCAGUUCAGCCUUUCUUUCCCCCCCUCAUCUCUACCUUCUGUGUGUCUGUCUGUCUGUCUGUGUGUGUGUGUGUGUGUCCUGCAGCCAUGUCUCUGGACAGCCUCCAGGCUCAGGGAGACAAGAUCGUGACUGAGCUGGGCUCCAUGCUCUUCACCAGGCAGGUGUCUGGUGCCAGGGUGGUCCCCAUGGGCAGAGAGCAGACUGUGAGCGGACACACCUUCAGGGGCUUCAUGGCCCACUCUGAGGCCUACCCCUGCCCCUACCUCAACGCAGCCUCUGCGGUGGGCAUCACCCGGCACGACGUGGAGCUGAGCAUGAAGAGGCUGGACAGGUGCCUGAAGAGCCUGAGGAGGGAGAGCCUGAGGGGGGAGGAGAAGGUCAAGAGUGGGCCGCCUCUCCCCUCUGGACAGGAAGACUUGUCUGAGGAGGAUGAAACCUAGAUCGUGCUGUGAUCCAGCCUUGCUGCGUUUUUUUUUCAUUCAUUCUGAAUCACAAUACGUUUCUGGUAAUCUUGGAAUCUUCACGUGAAGUGGUCGCUGUUAGGACAUUCUAUAGUUCAAGUAAACAUGCUUGCUUUGAAGUAUCUUAUUGAUAGGUAAGCCUGUUUUAAAAGUACAUUUUCAAGCCCGGUCGCAAGUCUACAGACCUCGUUCAUCUCAAAGGCAUUGAUUUGGAUAACAUCAACUUUCCUAAAUUCUGGAGAAGAACUGCACUUUUGAAAAACAGCCCCUAUAGGAUGGACCCAGAGAGAGACUGUACAUAACUUUAAUUCCUCUCAACAGAGUAUAUGAUUUCGUAUGAAUGCAUGCAAUUCAUAUAGAAUCAAUAAAGAAUCUCGUGAACACCUUUGUCCUUAUUGUA